AGUUGGAAGACGUAGCGACUCUUUCGUAACGGUUCGCGCCAAGCGGCACACGGCUCGGGUAUAAUUACGAUCUACCCGAGAGGUGAAGCAGCAACGACAAGCUCCGAUGCGAAGCUCCCUACUUCUUGCGCUGUUCGGCCUCGAGAUGUUGUUCGCUGAGACGCCAAAGCCGUCGCUUCUCGAGUCGCAGCGAGGCUCCUGCUUGGACGCUGCGUGGGUUCAGCGCACGGCUGAUGCGUACAAGCUCGAUCCGCACGUGCGGGACGACGAGAACCGUCGAGUAAACCCUUUCUUGCAGCCGGGUAUGAAGGUGCCGCGCUUCAGGGUCCAAGACCCCCGCAUGAAUCGCCCCAAUCUCUUUGGGUCCUGCAUGGCUCCCAAUGAAAUCUUGCACGGCUUGGGCGAGACCGUAUACGCCAAUAAGUCGCAGGCCUUUCCCGGUGACUACAACGGCACACUGAUCAUCGAGCGCAACGGUUGGCAGUCGCACGACCUCUCACGCGUCGUCCUCAGCAUUUUGCUCACUGAAGUGGUUGGGUAUGGCGUCUCUACAGUCGAAACCGGCGGUGGCCUGCACUGUGCGCAGCGCAUGUCGUAUCAAGGCUCCAGCCACUGCACGCCAACGCACAUCAACCCCGAAGUCUGGACCAGCGGGAAGCUCAAGACGCUGAAUGUAUACGCCAACUCGACGAUGCCGACAUCCACUGGUUACAACGGCAUGGGGGGGCUGUACACACUCACCGACAACGUAAACGAAGCGCUGAAAGGAAAUGCCUCGACCAAAGCCGUAUGCGCUCGACUUUUGGCGCGACUACAACUGGAGCGACCAAGUGAUCCAGUAUUUUGGCUACAACCAACCAAAAUGGCGCCGCUGGCUCAGCAAAGUUCAUGUCCCGACGGCUCGUUUGGGUGCCGCAACGGCUGCUCCAAGUCCCACGCGUGCACGCUCAACGAGGAAAAGAACAAAACGUGCAUGGUCGUGGCCAUGAUGGACCAGGGAUAUGACCCCGGCUUUGUCCAGGCCAUGAUGAGCAACAACCACAUUCCGGCCUACUUUUGCUUCCUCGGAUACGACGGCAUGCUUGCCUAUGUCGCGAAUACCUUGAAAACGGGUGGCGCCGUCGCGUUCUAUGACUUCGAGCCCGAUGUCCUCUUUUACGAGUACCCGGGCGCCUUUACCCAUGUGACCUUUCCGCAGUCAGACCCGGCCAAUAUCGCAGCAGCCACUGGCAGCUUUGGCGAGAACGGCUACGGCGAGCCAACCACGAAUCCGCUCAGAACCGACUAUCCGCUCACGCCGCUUGUGCGCUACAUGUCCAAGAUCAUCUUGCGCGACACUUUCCUCGUCGACUUUCUCAUGAAUAUGCAAAUCGCCCCGCUUGAUAUGGACAUCCUCUUCUCCGACUACGUCGCGUUCAUGAAGAACCAAUCCAUACCGGAUCCCGUCUUUGCGUCUGCCUGCAAGUGGGUCCAAAACAACUACCUCACGUGGAGCGCUUGGGUCUCUCCACUGCCUCUCUGCACGCUUCAAGGCAGCGUCUCGUUCGCGUACCAAGGUUGCAACGCGUCCACGCGCCUCAUCUCCUUCGUUUGGAACACGCCUAAUCCCGCCAACGCCUCGCUACCGUACGACUGCGACGGCGGCCUCCUUGUCGUACCCGCCCCGUAUGCAUCCAGCAAGACCUGCGCGUGGCUCGACUCCAACACCAAGACGUGGAUGAGCUGGCUCAGUAGUCCGCCCAUCUGCGACGCCACCUUUUACAACUACACCGUCACCGACUGCUCGGCGGAAGCGCUUCGGUCGGUCCUCUUCUACUGGCUCUUGCCCGACCCCGCCAAGUAUACGCUGAGCCUCGAGUGCAGCGGUGGCGUGAGCCUGCCGGCCAACAUCACCAUCGACUGCGACUAUGUCCCGUUGUCGUCCGGGACAUACUCGAGCAUGGUGGCGUUUGCCGCGUUCGUGCUGGCUGUCCUGGUGGUCUGCAUGAUUCUCAUCGUGCUGUUCCGCGAGAAGCCCGUGAUCAAGCGGUCGCAGUGGCACUUGCUCAUUGUCUUGGUGCUCGGCGGCAUGUGCAUGUGUGUGUACGUCAUAUUGGGCGGCGGCGCGCCGUCCAAUACGGUGUGCGGCGCUCGGCCCGUGUUCGCCUCGAUCGGGUACACGCUGGCGUUCGGCUCGCUUUUGCUCAAGUCGCUGCGUGUGUACCUCGUCUUUCACAGCAAGGCAGUGAAGAAGAACGUCGUGACCAUGGCGCGCAUGAUGCAUUAUCUAUGCGGCUUUCUGACCAUCGACAUUGUGAUUCUCGGCGUGUGGUACCUCGUGGACUUUCCUGCGCCAACAUUAACGGUCGAAGCCGCGACGGCCUUUACGGGGUCGGUCGACCACGUGUCGUGUCACUCGUCGAGCUUUAUCUUUCCCGCGCUUUGCAUCUUUUGGAAAGCUGUCAUCACCUUCAUUGGCCUCUACGUCUCGUUCCUCAUCCGGCACGACGGCGACGAUUUCCAAGAGUCGAUUUGGAUUUUCUCGGCGGCGUGCGUGGUGCUCAUGGGGUCAAUGUUUCUGAUCCCGCUCUCGUACUUGGUGGCGUUGCCGGCGACGACGAGUUUUGCGUUUUGCUCGGUGAUCACGCUCGUGUGCACGCUGGUCGUGAUGGGACUCAUGCUCGGACCCAAGUUUGCGCGCCUCAAUCGUCCGGACUAUACGUCGUCCGGCACGACCUCUGGCACCAAAGGCGUGUCCACAUCGAGCGCUGGACCGGUCAAACCUAUUCAUGUAGCAGCAGCGCCGCCAAGGGUCGUCCAGUAAGUCGCAGUUAACAGUAAAUUGCAUUCGAAUGACAAUACCGGUACAUACCGUUUGC